UGUGGCUUAUCCUCUGCUACUGUGCCACUUCUUCCAUCCAAAUCCGUAUUCACGGACGAAGCUGAAGCUGAUGUGGUCUUUGACGGAGUUACCAAUGCUGUAAUCGUGCCAUCGCACACAGUUCCAGGUAACCUGGCUGUUAAAUUAUUGAAAUAUGUUGUGUGCCAAGAAAUAGCAAUCUUAUAUGUAAAAUUUCUACUUGCAGAAGUCAUUCCGGAUAAGUUCUCGCUGUCGUUUUCGAUGAAACAUGCCGCUGGAACAAAAGACGAUCAGAAGAAUAAGAAGAACAUUCUCUGCGAAUCAGAUGAAGAUGGUAUGAAUCGCCAUCAUUUCGCGGUUUAUGUGCGCCAUUGUAAACUUGAAGUUGUUCUGAGAAGAGAAGCCGGCAGCAAAGCCGAAUUUCGUGCAGCUGAAUGGAGAUGGGCAACACCACAGAGCGGUCAUUUACGCUUCCCUUCGCCACCUAAUGAUCGCAAAGAUAGAAAGUCGCCUAAAAAUUCAGUCUUUAGGGAUUUCUACGCCAAUACAUAA